AUGCACUACGGCUGGCCAUCACCAUCUCUCCCCAAGCUGCUGAACGGUUCUUCGCCAGUUGCUGUUACAAAUGACGAAGGUUCCUGGAUGGCGGUCAUGCCCCUGCUAGGCGCCCUACUAGGCUCCCUGAUUGUAGGCACCACCGUGGACAUUUUCGGCCGAAAGCGCACCAUCCUCAUCUCCUCACUGCCCUUUUUCACCGCCUGGAUGAUGGUGGCGUUCGCUCCCUCCGUCACCGUGAUAUACGUGGCGCGAUUCAUAGCUGGAGUAGCUGAUGGCUGGGUCUUCACCGCCAUGCCCAUGUAUAUCGGGGAAAUCGCCGAUCCGAGGAUCAGAGGCCUGCUCGGGUCCGGAGUGAGUGUGACGUGGAUCUUUGGGAUUCUUCUGAUCAACGUGAUCGGCUCCUACCUGAGCAUCACGGUUGCCGCGUUGGUCAGCAGCUGCUUGCCUUUGAUCGCAAUGGGGAGUUUUGCGUUUAUGCCAGAGUCGCCCUAUUACUUGCUGAUGAGGGGCAACGCUGAGGAGGCCAAGCGGAGCUUGCAACGUUUUCGCGGACUGAGCGAUGUGGACGCUGAGCUGAACCGAGUUACGUUCGCCAUCAGGGCGCAGAACAAAAACGCCGGCAAGUUCCUGGACUUGUUCAGGAACAAAGUGAACCGCCGGGCUGUGCUGAUCAUGAUGAUCCUCCGGGGCGCUCAGCAGCUGAGUGGAACCACCGCAGUCACCUUCUACGCGCAGUCGAUUUUCAUAGAAGCGGGCGACCAUAUUUCCUCGGAAGUGGCCACAAUCAUCUACUUCGGCGUCCAGUUGACUCUGGCCUGUUUCUGUUCCUCCAUAGUGGACAAAGCCGGGAGACGCCCGCUGCUCAUUGCCUCCAUUACGGGCUCCGCCUUGUUCCUGUUCAUGGAAGGCGCGUACUUCUACAUCAAGGCCUGCACCCAUUGGAACGUCGAAGCCUUCACCUUGGUGCCAGUGAUUGGGCUGAUUGGUUUCGUGGUCGUUUUCUCCUUGGGCAUGCAAACCAUCCCCAUUCUCAUGCUGGGAGAGCUGUUCUCCUCCAAUGUGAAGGCCUUUGCGCUUUGUCUGGCCGAUAUCUACUUCUCCAUCAUCGCGACUGUGGUCUCCAAGUUCUUCCAGAUCAUGAAGGACUCCUUCGGCAUGUACACGCCCUUCUUUGCCUUCUCCUUCAGCUGUUUGGUCGGUCUGGUUCUGAUCGUUCUUUUUGUGCCCGAGACCAAAGGAAAAACGCUGGAGGACAUUCAGGCCAGUUUGAGCGAGCAAAGCGAGCCAACUAGUCAAGAGGCCAGCAACUUAUCCUAA